GUGUUUGGGGCUGAAACAAAUGGAAUACAAUCAGUGUCAUUGAUGGAGGGAGAUUGUGUCACUCUAAACACUGAUGUUACUGAAAUACGUGAAGAUGAAGACAUACUGUGGAAUUUUGGAGUCAACAACUCUAUGAUAGCUCAAAUUAAAAAAAAGAAGCAAAUCUUCUCCACAUAUGAUGAUGGUCCUGAUGGGAAAUUCAGAGACAGACUGAAACUGGACAAACAGACUGCAUCUCUGACCGUCACAAACAUCACAACUGAACAUACUGGACUCUAUAAACUAGAGAUUAGUGGAGCAAAACUGAUAUCAAAAACAUUCAAUGUUUCUGUCUAUGCUCGUCUGCCUGUUCCUGUCAUCAGCAGUAACUCUUCACAAUGUUCAUCAUCAUCAUCUCAGCACAAUUGUUCACUGCUGUGUUCAGUGGUGAAUGUGGGUCAUGUGACUCUCUCCUGGUACAAAGGAAACAGUUUAUUGUCCAGCAUCAGUGUGUCUGAUCUCAGCAUCAGUCUCUCUCUACCUCUGGAGGUGGAAUAUCAGGAUAAAAACAGCUACAGCUGUGUGCUCAACAAUCCCAUCAGCAACCAGACCAGACAUAAUCUCAACAUCACUCAACUCUGUCAACCAUGUUCAGACUCACCUCGAAUAGUGCUGAUCUCUGCUGCUGCUGGAUCUCUGUUGAUUGUAGUUGUAAUUGGGAUCUUCUGCAUCUACAGGAAAUGUAAAGGAACCGAUCAAGAAGUUCAGACUUGUGAUGAAGAAAUAAUUUAUGCCGAGACAACGUUCUACAAAAGAAAAACACGCAAAUUGAAAGUCGAAGAGGAGGAACAUGUGGAGUAUGUUCCUGUCAUCAUGAGAUUAUGA